AUGGGUCUAUUCGGUAAAUCACCAGAACGGAAUCCAAAAGAAAUGGUAAACGAGUGGUCUCAUAAAUUACGAAAAGAGGGAUAUAAUUUAGACAGGCAAAUACGAGCAAUUCAAAGGGAAGAAGAAAAAAUUAAAAGAUCUUUAAAGGAAGCAGCAUCUAAAAGUGAUAAACAAGUUUGCACCAUACUGGCCAAAGAAAUAAUCAGGUCUAGAAAAGCAAUAAGUAAAAUAUACACUAGUAAAGCACAUUUAAAUUCUGUGCAGAUGCAAAUGAAGAAUCAACUUGCAACAUUACGGGUUGCUGGUUCUUUACAAAAAUCAACUGAGGUAAUGCAAGCUAUGCAGGCACUGCUUAGGUUACCGGAGAUUGCUCAAACAAUGCAAGACUUAAGUAAAGAAAUGAUGAAAGCUGGUAUUAUUGAGGAAAUGGUAGAUGAAACUAUGUCUGGCAUGGAAGAUGAAGAAGAAAUGGAGGAAGCAGCACAGAGUGAAGUUGAUAAGGUGCUAUGGGAACUUACCCAAGGCAAGCUGGGUGAAGCACCGGCUCCGCCCACAGCUGUAGGAGCUCCUUCAACAAGUCAAAAGGUCACUGAGGAACCUGAUGAAAGUGAACUUGAUGAGAUGCAAUCUAGAUUACAGGCUCUACGUUCAUAG